GCAUGCCCAUUGAAUCCUCUCAACAUGCCAAACAAACGCUGCCUCACGCACCAUACGAAACGCCACAGCAACCUCCAGAUCUCUCCUACAGCCAUCAACGAUGGGGAACGCGUUUUGCACGAUUAGAUAGCUGCUGUCUCUGCCUGCCUCGUGACCACAUGCGAGGGUAGAUUGCUUGGGAUCAGCGUGCCUUCCUAUCACGACAAUGACUGACACGGGCCCCAUACUGAAGUCGCUGAGUGAUGCGCGCAGCAUCGUUCUUGGCGACCCGUCGCAAUACUCUGUCGUCGUGCAAGGCGUGCUGCCAUUGAUCGGCGCCAACAGCCCUCUAGAGUUGCGUCGAUGGGGUGCAGACUUCCUUGCCGAGACGUUCGCCUCGCCCGUAGUCUCCGCAGAAGAGAAGCAGAAGCUAUCAUUGCUCAUACUGGACACGCUGAGGGGCUACUUUAAUCGCAAGGACGACCUGGGAGAGGAGGAUGACUCGGCAGUGAUUAAGAGUGCCGUCCAAUGCGCUGCGAGUAUAUAUCCGCUCAUAUUCCGCCACACCAUCUCCAGUCCGAAUGAUAGCCCAGAAGUAUGGAGGAAGAUGGCGGGCAUCAAGUCUGCCAUCCUCCGGAGCAUGGAUACUGCAGCCGCUGGCGUACGGAUAUGCUGCGUCAAGUUCGUGUCUCGCGUUGUGCAAGUGCAGACACCUGGCUUGAUUGCCGAUCCCCGACGGCCGGAGCACAACGAGAUCAGUUUGGCACUCGUGCCGCGAGAUCAUCCUGUAUUGCAGCCGAGCCAGCUGGAAGCCGAGGCGUCAGGGCUCCUGGACAGGCUACUGGGCGUACUGCAGGACGAUAGCGUGGAGGCUCUGAGUGUGACCGCCACGCUCAACAGUCUUUCCAUAUUAGUGCAGAGGCGGGCAAGCAUCGCAACGAAGGUGUUACUGACCGUGCUCAACUACAACCCACUACGACUGGCCAUGGCAGGUGUGGCGGCAAUGUCAGGCAAGGACAGAAUCGCUCUCAAGAGCAUGACCCGGACGACCAUAUCUUUUCUGCUUAAUGUGCUGAAGCGGAACCCCAAUCACGCGCUAGCGGCACGUCUACAGCAACGGGUAGAGCAGCUUCGCCAUAGUCUUGUCAGUGUCUACGCCGAUUCAGGGUCUCACAAGCGACCGGCUCCGGACGAACCGACCGAUGGCCUGGAUAACAACAAACGCAUUCGUGUCGACAGCGAAACCACAAAUGGAACAACACCCAUGCAGCAACACCCCCAGCCGACUGUCUGGCCUCCGCCUUUACCACCUGGUCCACUCAGCAUCGCACAGCUUUUCACACUGAGUGCCGAUCGUGCAUCGAUUGGCUUCCACGUCGAGCAGAUACCGCAACCAAUUGUGCAACAGCUUGUUCCGCCGCUGCUCAGAAGCAUCGAUCAGAAGAAGUUCAACGACGCUAUCACCGCUAUUCAGUAUCGGCUGUUAAGCCUUGCGCAGCGACCGCCGGUGUCGGCAUUGCAGGCGGCCCAGGCGGUCAUGGGCGAGGACGAAGACGACGAUUACGAUCCCGAAGCCGGUCUCGGGACAGGCCGCGAUCAGGUCAUGAACCGUCUUGACCAGCUGCCACCAGAAAAUCAGGUGGAGGAGGUGGCUUUGGCACCCUUUGAACUUGAGGCGAGCCCUCCCUUGAACGACUACGAACUCGAGCAGUAUGGGAAGGUCGCAGUGCUUCGAGUGUUCGGUACCCUUGCCGAGCUUGACGGUGACAUGAAGAUGGGAAGAAGGGUGGACGAAGAGAGAAGCUUCAACAAGCUGGGGUUGGGCGGACAUGGUCAUGAAAGGGAAGGUUGGAUCACGCUGUUGACUCGCUUGGCCACUCGCAGCACCUUUGAUCUUGAUGAGCGAAACAGCAGUAUCAAGCAGGAAAACGACGACCGGACGGUGACUGCGAAGAAUCAUUCUUUCAGCCUGGCGGACAAGAUUCGUGCCUCGCUCCUCGACUACGUCAUGGCGGACUUUCGACACCGUAUUGAUGUGGCCAUAGCGUGGCUGAACGAAGAGUGGUACACCGACCGCUUAGCCUACUCUUACCGGCACCCUGAGUCCAGCGCUAAACCUUCCAUGACCGAAGGCAACUUGCCAAACUACACCACGCACUGCCUUCGCACUCUCGAGCUACUGACAACAUAUCUUGAUGUCAAGGAUGGUCGCUAUCUCAUCCGCUUCUUGUCCGAGAUACCCGAGCUCGACGCCAGCGUGCUGGAGCGCGUAAAGAAGUUGGCGGACGAUCCCGAGCGGGUGCAGAUGGCGACUCAGGCACUGCUGUAUUUGAUCAUGCUCCGUCCGCCUGUCAGGGAGGUAUGCAUUGAUGCGGCAGAGGCUUUGUGGAGGAGUAAUGAAGAUGCUAAGGGGUCAGCGGCGAAAAUCCUGGCGAAGUGGAGGCCGGGCCUUCUCGGGCAGGACUCAGUGGGAGGUAAGAAGGAAGAUGCCACCGGCAUGAAGAUCGAGGCAGGACCAUCUGAGAUCUCGGCCUGAAUGCAGCUACCUACAUGCAAUGCUCCCGUAAGCGGAUCCGGUCCGCCGUCCAAAAGACGGCGCGUCCGGCAGUGCCUUCUCCAUCCGGAGAGUGCAGAAGUCCCGAAGUAGCAGUUCGUACACCGGUGAUUCGCAAUGCAUGAGAUCCUGCUUUCUCCUCUGGCGUAAUACGAACGCAUCAUACAUGUAGCCUGCUGGCUGUGGC